UGUCACAAAAGCUUUAGAUUCACUGAUUUUAACAAUAAUACACUGGAUUUAUAUGGCGCUUUCCUGGAUACUCAAAGACACAGAACAAGAGCAACAAAACAAAACAGAGAAAAAACAAAAAUGAAAUAAUCUUAAGAAGGGAAACAAUGCAGAGGUGUGUUUUGAGGGAUUUCUUGAAGGUGGCGAAUGAAGGGGGAGUCUCUGAUGUAUUUAGGGAGUGAGCUCCUGAGGAUGGGAGCAGCAAUGGAGAAGGGAUGAAGAGAAAGGGGCCGAGAACUGAACCUUGGGGAACACCUUGGGAGAGGGGAGCCGCGGGGGAUUUGCAGUUUAUGCUGAUGAAAGAGAGGUAGGAUCUGAGCCAGGAGAGGUGCGGUGCAGGUGAUGAGAGCCGUUUCAAGGCGGGAGAGAAGGAUGGAGUGGGUGAUGGUGUCAAAUGCUGCACUCAGGUCAAUGCAGGGGCUUGUCCUUCCAUGAUGGUUCAUCCUCCUCUUCUGCUGCCUGCACUUCAGUUAAAGCUCUUAAAACGUCCAAAGACACUCAACAAGCAGAGGGCUGUCCUCAUAAAUCCAAAGAGUCUCAAAUGGAGGACGAGGUGGAGACAGUUCCCAGCCAAGAGGUCCUGUUUGUGCUCAGCCAGCUCUUCUGCCACAUUCAGCACAUCCAGGUGAUGAUGCCAGGAGGCCAGAGUGAACCCUUGUUCCUGUCCAGUCUGGAGAUCCUCAGCCACUAUGAGGCCAUCAUGGCCGCUUUCCCACACAGCAGCAGCGCGCUGGAGAGCGACAACACCCGUCACUUCUUCUCCACCAUCACAGACAACCUGGAGAACCAGGAGAUGAAGGCCGCCCUGCAGCAGAAGAUCGCUCAGCUUGUGUCGUCUGCUGCUUGAGACUGUAGACUGUAUUAAUAAUGGACAUAGCUACCGUGAUGUCACACAUUGGUUUGCAGCCAUUUUGAAGCCUUGAGUUCUGCAUUUUGGUGGUCGCCAUCUUGGUUUUUUGGAGCCAGAAGUGACCAUAUUUGGGUGAGAGGCUGGAGCUGUGGAGGAGUGAGGGGUGGAGCUCACUGAGAGACUGAAGACACAAUCGGCAGACAGCCUGUCACUCAACCCUAACGUAACUUUGGGCCUUACUUCUGCUGUAAAGUUGGACAUUCUAACACAGGGGUUGAGUCUGUUUUGGAGCCAGCCUCAAGUGGCCGUUCAAUGAACUUGAGUUUUUGGCACUUAUGUUUGGUUUCAUUUUUCAGUCUCAGAGGUCGCCGCUUGAUUAAGACACACAGUUUUUUUUUAUCUGUAUUCACUUAAGAGCUUUGGUUCUCAAAUGCUCAAAUUCUCUCUGUAGAUAUUACGCUAAUUUGCUGAUAAAAUAAGGAUAUUGUUUCUGUUGUCAGUGUCAUAGACUGCAUGAAGAUACUUAAAGAAGUAAUUACAAAAUGGUGGGUGAAUAAAAGGCAGAUAUUUCACAGCAGAUGACCUCCUGUGCUGCUUCAGUAAUAUUCAUUUAUACUCUGAAACCAAAGCCGAACAUCUGUUUCAUCAACAGGAUGCGGUGACUCAGACAGUAUGUUUUCUACAGAACAUUAUCAACAUGUAAUUUUUAAGUUCUUUUUAUUUGUACAAAAAUAUUCUCUGCAUUGCACCAUUUAGUAAAGCUUUAACAACGUACUACAACAGCUGUAACACAACAUUUAAAACAGUUUUGUGACAUUGUAACAGGGGACAAACAAAAUGUAUAGUUAAAGGUGCAGUGUGUAGGAUUUAAGGGAGAUGUUCUUUAGUGUAUAAUCACCUGAAAAUAAGAAUCGUUGUGUUUUUGUUACCUUAGAAUGAGCCGUUUAUAUCUACAUUGGGAGCAGGUCUUUGAUUUAUAGAGAUCACCAUGUUGCACUGCCAUGUUUCUGCAGUAGCCCAGAACGGACAAACAAACACUGGCUCCACAGAGGGCCAUUUGUGUUUUCAUGUCAGCCACUGUAGUAAGAAGCCCAACUGCAGUGAGCAGCACCAAAGUUCCACUGAUUUGUAACAUGAAACUGCUUUAUUCAGUGUUUCUGGUGGUUUAAAUCACCUGGUCUGUUUGUUUUGGAGAAGAAGAGACCUCUGUGGAUAAUUCAGCUCCUGAUAAAAACCUCCUGAACAAUGAACACUGAAGGAAUCCUAACCAGGAGAAGUUUCAGCUGGUUGCAAUCUGUAAUUCUCCGCUAGACGCCACCAAAUCCCCCUAAAUCUCACACACUUCACCUUUUAAAAAAAGCUUCAUAAUAAUGUAGUGCAAAACAAACACUUAACGUCUCUGUAUGAUGAGAUAUUAGGACCACAGUCAGGAGAAAAUAUCUUAGAUUCUGAGAAUACAGUCAAAAAUCUGAAGAAAAGUCUAAAUAUUUUGGGAUAAAGCAGUCAUAAUAAUCUGAAUAUGAAGUUAAAUGUUUGUCGGUGAAAAGUCAAAUAUCGAGGAAAAAAAAGGGUUCGUAUAUAUGUCAUUUUUUAAGGGGAAAAAGUUGAAAAAGUCACACAAAGAAAAGUCAUAAUGUUUGAGGGGAAAUCAUAAUUGGUAACAAAAAAUAUUGAAAUUUAUGACCAAAAAAAAAACUCCCAAUAAAAAACAAUAUUUUAACAAAAAAAACAAGAAGAGAGAAAAAUACUUGACUCUUGUAUAAUGACUCAAUUUUUUUUUUUUUUU